AUAGUAAACUGAAUAGUCUUCGAUGACCAAACUAGUUAGCUAAUAAAUUAUACAUUUUGGCUAGCGGCCAACUCCAAGGCAAGGGUUCAUCUGUUCACGAUAAAUAAACUUAGUAGGUACGGUUUGGAAAUGGACGAGCUGCAUGCACACACUCCCAGUCAAUCCAAAAAUGGCACAUUGCAUUGCUCCGCAUGUGCACCACUUACUCCCUUCAUCAGCUCAUUACUUCAUUAUAGCCAAGUUUUUAUUCCUAGCUAGUCACUCACAGACGGGAUCACCUGAUUCACCUCUAUCAUCUUAGAGAUCAUCCAAACACCUCCUUUACCUUGUAUUAAUUCCGAAGAAGACAAACAACGCAAAGCAGAAGACAUGAGCAGCAGCAGAUGGAGAGGAAAGGGAAAGAAAACGAAAUGAGAACCACCUGUAGGACGGCACAGAACGAGGCCCCAGUCCCAGUCCCAACCACCACCACCACCUCCAUCGAUCUCAGGCUCUCUCUCGCACUCCCAGAAAUUCUUUGCUUUCCAAACAAGCACGCACUGCCACUGGUUUCGCCUCUCGUUUCUUCCAGACUCUCACUGGCAGCAGCCUGCAGCAGAAUACCCCCUCUCAGCAGCAGCAGCAGGUGGAAGCAUCUCAUUCUCCUUCUCCCCCUUUCACAUUCCCCGAAGUAAGCAGAGACAAUCACAUCUCUUGCUUCUCUCUCGCCACAAUUAGCUGGGCCAGAAAUUCAUACCGAUCCUCUGCUCCGCUGGUGCUAGAUCUCGGGGGAUGGUGUGACGAAGUACAGAGAUUUAAAAGCAUCUCUGUUUCUUGUGAUUGCUCCUCUCCUGCGCUUCUAGUAUCUUCCAUGGCGGCAAUGGUCAACCCUCCUCCAGCAGCUCUGGUGCCGCAGCCAACGUGGGUGCCCUACGAGCCAACGAGGGAUUGCUCGCAGGGCCUGUGCAGCAUGUACUGCCCGCAGUGGUGCUACUUCAUCUUCCCGCCCCCGCCGCCGGCCUUCGACAUCGCCGGGCCCAGCGGCGACGACGACUCCUCCGGCCCCGCCUUCUCGCCCCUCGUCAUCGCCAUCAUCGGGGUGCUCGCCAGCGCCUUCCUCCUCGUCAGCUACUACACCAUCAUCUCCAAGUACUGCGGCACCUUCAGCUCCCUCUGGACCAGGCUCUUCGGCCCCGGCUCCGGCUCCGGCGCGGGCGGCGGCCACGGCGCCGAUUCCUCCGCUGGCCAGCAGGAUCCGUGGAACUUGUCGCCGUCUGACGGGAUGGACGAGACGCUGAUCAACAAGAUCACCGUGUGCAAGUACAAGCGCGGCGACGGGUUCGUGGUGGACGGCACGGACUGCUCCGUGUGCCUCGGCGAGUUCCGGGACGGCGAGAGCCUCCGCUUGCUCCCCAAGUGCAGCCACGCCUUCCACCUGCCCUGCAUCGACCCGUGGCUCAAGUCGCACUCCAGCUGCCCGCUCUGCCGCUGCAACAUCGCCGUCGGCGAGCUGGAGGGCCGUGCGGCCGCUUCGCCACGGCAGCCACGUGAGGACCGGAGAGACCACGAGUUCGUCCUGACGAUAGGCGAUUACUCCCCGGCUUCCCCGAGGCAAACGCGCGAAGAGCCUGCUGCACAGCCCGUGGCGAGCAGCAAUGAUCAGGGGUCGACGAAGGAUGAGCGUCCAGGGAGGUCCGGGGAGGCCAAUGGCAUCGUUGAGAUCAGAGAAGACGGCGCCAGGGCGAAUUCGCCAGUGUCGGUGCAAGUGCCAGAGACGCAGCGGGAAGCCCGCAUGUCCAUCGCCGACGUGCUGCAGGCCAACCUGGAAGACGAGCUGACGGUGGCCAGGGAAGGCGGCCUCCUGGCGGGGUCCUCGAGAAGGUGUCACGGGGAGCACAGCAAGCUGCCGGCGGAUGCAGCAGCGAACCCUCCUGCGCCGACGAAGAGAUUGCCGCCGGUUGGGAGGUCCUGCUUCAGCAGCAAGAGCGGCAGAGGAAAGGAUUCCGUUCCUCCAAUGUGAAGCAGUGAUUUUGUUUUCAGAUAACUCUUCUGCUUCUUUUAACUGGAACACAUGACCGUGGAUUGGAUGAUGAUACUUCCCGAGCGGAGAUCAAGUUGCCAGGCGUAUCAAAGUCUGGAGAUCUCACCGUUGUGAUGAUCUCUUCUUGUGAAUCAAUCACUCACCACCAACAAGCUGCAGAAAUCCUCCCUCUGCAAAUGCCUGGUGACUGGUGAGAGAUCUCCUGUAACCUGCUUGGCUGCUUAACUGCUUUGCUGUUUCUACUAGAUAAACUGUAUAGGACUUGGUUUCUUUUUUCCUUUUCUCUCCACACGAUUGGAUUUUGCUUCAGAGCAUUCUCUCUGGAUCAGUGAGUUUAGUUAUUAGUCAAAGGAUUUCUAAUUCUCCUAAUGAAAAAAAUCGUGGCCUUUCCAGCCUCCCCCCCUCAA